UUUUGGAGGAAUACGUGGCGCACUUGGACCCAGACCUAGGCGCGAAAGAUGCCAAGGAGAUCAAACGGCAUACCGAGGAGGUACUUGGGAAAAAAGGCUGAUCAAUCAUGUUACAACGACAAGAGAUCGGGUGCUUGAAGGAGAGCAUUCUCGGGACACCUUGUAAAAGGGAGAUGAAAAGAAAAAAGGAGAUGAGGUGGAUGAAGAGGCCUGCCUCAUCUGGCUACUAUCUUUUGGUUAAGUACAUUUUCCAAGAAAAGCAUGCGCCCCCCAUGCUGAUAUUAAUUUCCACCUCUGAUCUUACUAGAUCAACUUACGAGCCACAUUCCACUUUCAUGUUCAUACCGAUUUCGCCUGAAGACAUGACACCGUUGUUUCGCUGCGGUGUCCGUCAUGUGUUCCACAACAUCAUAUCUAAGACUCACUCAAUCAUCGAUGAUGUGCGAAGUCUCAGUCCUGUUGUCAAAGAAUCUCACUUUCUUCGUCGUGAAAGGAAGCUACAAGGACAAUACGCUUCUUCAGUUUAUUUGACGCUUGAAAAGCCACCCGAAAGGGUAGGGAUCACUGAGACAGAACAGAAGUAGUCGGUGCUAUCUAAAACAGCUGGACAAGGGAAAGGCGGAUUCUCAAGCAGCGACCUUCCACGUUGAUCUGCCAGAACUUGGGAAGUUAUUUUUCGAUCAAUACAAAGACACGGAGCAGCAGAAAUGGGAGGUCUAAUAGGGAUCCCUUUUAAGUAAAAA